ACUGAUCGAAAACUAUAUGACAUCCACGUGUUCCAUGAGAACAAACCUUGCUUAUGAAGAAGAUGAGUCACCCUUUAAUUGUUGUAUUAUUCCAUGGGAUAACGUUUGUCAAAUAUUUGAAACCCUUUAUUUUAAUACAAAGGAUUAUGACACCCUUGUUAGGAUUUAGGAAUGACAAUGGGCCGGGUCGGGGAGAAUAGUGCAUAUCCAUUACACUACCCAAAAUAGUUUGGAUUUUAUCUAUACUCAUACAUACGUAAGAAAUGAGUAGAAAAUCAAAAUCAUGUUCAUAUUCUUUCGGGUAUCCACGGUUAUCCCUGGAUAAUAAUUUAUCUUUAUAACUCCAACUAAUAUAUUACCAUUCACACAUAUUCUCCCAUUACAUAAGCGGUAAAAGUGCAACAAUAAUUCACUAGAAUGAAGAAAAUUAAUUAAAACAAUCCCAUUUAAUGAAAAUAUUAUAUUUAUAUGCUAAAUAUAAAAUAUUUUAGAGAAAAUUAAUGAUUUUUUCUAAACAAAAUACAUACGCAUGUUAUAAUCGGGCGGUUGGGGUUGGAUAGUGAGAAAGGUAAAAACAAUGUACACGCAUUACACGCAAUAUUAGGAAUGGCAAUGGGGCAGGUCCGGGCCGGGUAUCUCGAUACCCAUACCCUCCCCGUGGCAGGUCGGGUUCAGGUCGGGUAAUUUAUCAUGAGGCGCGGGUCGGGGCAUGUCAACCCAAUGAGUAUGUAAUUUAUGUGAAAAUCUUUAAAAAUAUUCAUUAUUUUCAUUAAAAGACCAAGAAAUGAACCAUAAUAAGAUAAAUUGUAGUUGAAGUAUUGAAGAAAUUGAGGUUUUCACUUAUUUACAACUUUAUUAUAGCUAAAUAAUGAGGUAAUAUGAGGAAAAUUCUAAGCAAUUUGACCAAGAUUACAUGUAACUUAGGCAAGAACGGGUCGAGAAUGGGGCGGGUCAGGGCAGGUCAGGUCGACUAGAGGUACCCAUGCCCACCCCAACAGGUCGUGUAAAAUGGGUCAGGUCGAAAUUGCCAUCCCUACGCAAUAUUCGAGUUCGGGUUUCACUUGUACCCACUAAAAGUUUUUCGAAUUCGAAUUUUAUCCUACCCAAUUAGUUCGGAUUCGGACGGAUAUUCACAAUUACAAAUAUUCACAGUUUUUUUUAUGAAUAUAUCCACAGUUUUCGUUGCUGAUGAUAAUCACACCAAAUGAUGAUAAAUAAUCUUUUUCCCCAUUAAAUUAAUGAUGAUUAAUAAUCUGCAUGUGGAGUAUUCUGAAAACCCAAUUUAGUAAGGUGGGCCCAAAUGCUCAGUUAAUGGGCUUUUAUUAUUUUAAUUUUUAACACAAUUAUCGACAUGAAAGAAUAAUCAAAACAUUGCGCGACUUUCCCACCUUACAGUUUUCCGUUUUCCUCCCUCCACAAAUGGAAGACUGUUCUCACGCCUUCCAUUGAAGCGAAGUCCUCCACCGCUUGAGAGCUUGCCGGCGAUCGUCUCUCUUCCAUUCCACCGCCCCGACACGACGAACCCACCUUCCUCUUCACUCGGCUAUUAUAAUUCCUACCAUCGUCGCCUUUAAAUGUAAGAACCGCUGCUCCCUCUUUGCUGAUUCUUCUUCGUUGUUUGUCGUUUACCGCCAUUCCAAUUUGCUCUCAGAUAGUGGCUGGUGGGUAGCUCGAAUUUUGUUGUAUCUUGAAUGUCGGUUGGUUCGUAGCCUUACUUCGCUCCAUCUUCCGGUCUUUUUCUUGGUGCCCUGCAUUCGAAUUUAAUGCAAUCGACACCCAUCUCCAAACGUUGAUGUUACGUUUGAAGUAGAAUUUCUUCUUCAACAAGAUCCAGUUUUACCUUUCACAUGCGAUUUCUCAUUGGGGUUUUGAAUAGCUUUCACCAUUUUGAUUGGCGGGUUUUUGUUCUGGCAGCACGAUGAUGCAGGGUUUACUGGCUUCUUCUCCUGAUACGACCAGCUUAAGCUACUGGUUGAACUGGAGGGUGUUGCUAUGUGCAACGUGGGUUUUAGUGCCUUCCGUUGUGGCAGUGUAUAUUAUAUGGAAAUACGAAGGUUUGGAUCAUUUGGGAUCUUGCAGCAGGGAGGAGAAAAAACUUCAGCAAGAGAAGGAGAAACCCACUUUGUCACACAGUGAUGCUGUUUGGAAGCCGUGUCUCGACCAAAUCCAUCCUAUUUGGUUGUUGCUUUAUCGGGUUGUGUCGUUCUCUGUGCUUCUGGCGACUAUGGUUGUAAAGCUUUCCAGCAGUGGAGCUCGCAUGUAUUUCUAUUAUACACAGUGGACUUAUAAUCUUGUGACAGUCUAUUUUGCGCUUGGAUCACUGCUCUCGGUUUAUGGAUGUUACCGAUUUCACAAGUUGAGGGUCCAUUAUGAUCGAAGGGAUUACGAGCAAGGUUCUAUUGCCCCUCUACUAACUGAGGAAAGUACAGAUGUUCAUGAAUUGAGGAAAAAAGCAAACGGCGGAGGAGAAAUUUGUAUUCAAGAAAUUCCUAUUGUUUACUACAUAUUUCAAACCAUAUACCAGAUAUGUGCUGGAGCAGUUGUUUAUACUGAUUCCAUUUACUGGUUCAUUAUAUUUCCAUUUCUUAACAUUGCAGAUUACACUGUCAACUUUGUAACUAUAGACAUGCAUACACUCAACGCAGUCUUGCUCAUUGGUGACAUGGCUAUGAAUAGCUUGCCAUUUCAUUGGUUCCGGAUAGCUUACUUCAUUCUGUAUACCGCUUCUUUCGUCCUUUUCCAAUGGGCUGUUCAUGCCUGUACAUCUAUUUGGUGGCCAUACCCAUUUUUCGACUUGGCUUCACCUUAUGCUCCAUUGUGGUAUCUACUAAUGGCGUCUCUCUCGGUCACAUGCUAUGGGCUAUAUGUGCUGGUUUUCAAGAUUAAGCAUUUCCUCCUCUCAAAAUGCUUCCCCCAAUCCUACCAUUGCUUGACAUAGUCCCAAACACAUAUACCUGAUCUGUCAAGGUGGCGGUCAAUCGAUCUAGCACUGUGUUCUUCGUGGGUGAUUUCAAGAUUGUGCGCUCUAGAAUUCAUCAAAUGGAGCUUCCAAGUUAUAGGCAGAUGCAGAAUUGCAGUAGAGAUUCUUAAUAGCAGGGGAGCUAUUAGGCUAGAAAGUGCACAGAUUUGGAGAAUGCUUAUGCUGAAAGACCAUUUUAAGCUGGUCUUCUGUUUCCCUGUAUCUAAAUCAAACCAUUUUCCGUUCUGUAUAUACUCCUACCCAAUAAGAAAGAUUAAAAAAAAAU